CCGUAUUCUUCCGUAUUGUUGUGUCACGCCCAUUUAAGCAUGGCGGCAACAAGUCUUCAAGUUUUAUCAGAUUUAGCCACAGAUGAUUCACUCCAGCCUCUUCUCGGGGAAGAUUUUGAUCCCAAAGGAUUUGCUAGUCAAGCAAUACAGUGCCAGACUGUUGGGGAAUUAUUACACAAGCUAAUGAGAGGAAUUAGUGAGCUUGAUAAUGAGCUCUACACACAGGUAGUGACGCAUUAUGAGGAUUUGCUGUCUCAAGCGACUGGCAUUGAAGCUUUGGAAGGUGUUUUAAAAAUGAUGCAGUCACGCAUUGACUCAUUGACAACAGCUGUCGACAGAAUAAGUACUAAAAUAAUUGAUCCUUAUCAAAAGAUAUUGUCAAGAACUGCACAACUUGCAAGAUUACAGUCGGCUUGUGAUUUAUUGAGGACAGUCAUUCGAAUGAUGUAUCUGACUAAGAGAGUAAAGACACUAAUGCAGGGAGGAAUCAAAGAGAUCACAAAAGUAGCUCAGACUUUUAAUGAAAUAGACCAAUUGAUGGAAGGACACAACCUAGCAGGGAUUGAAGUGAUUGAUAAUGAGAAGGCAUGGCUGCAAAGAGUCAGACGAGAAAUAGAGUCGCAAGCUAAGAAAAUGUUAAUACAAGGGCUAGAACAUCUGAAUCCUACCCACGUGGGCGUGGCAUUACAAGUAUUUUACAAUCUGAGUCAGCUAGAGGCAACCAUAGUAGUGGUGUUAGGAUCGUAUCGUGAUGCAGUUCAGCACGAGAUACAGAACGCAAUCGACCCUUCCACUUUACUUCAAACGUUAUCAGGUAACGGUAACUCUAAUGGUGGGCGGUUUGGGGGAGGGGCUUCAGGGGGCGGAGCCAACUGGAAGGGUCUCCUGUGGAGCCGUUUAGAGAAACUCUCAGGAGCUUUGAUGAAGAUUUAUAAACAAGCACAUCAAUUAGAAGUUGUGCUAUCAAAGAAAAGAGAUCCUUCAACACAAAUUACCUUUUUAUCAUCAAUAAAUGGAAGUGAAGCUCAUAAAUUGCUCCAAUGCUUUUGGAAUACAAUUACUGAUAAUAUUAGCAUUGAAUUCUCUACUGCAGCCAAAGCUUCAGCAUUCUUAAACCAAGCCUUUGAGAACGAUUAUCCGAAACUCCUCUUAAUAUUCAACGAUCUGCUCUCUCAAGUUGAACAGCUCCGCUCUCAGUCAGAGACUCAGUCUCGUUCCUCUGGAAUUUCGUUCCUAAACUCUCAGACCAGUGGGACUCAGACACUGGGCUCCGCCCAGCAGCGGCAGGAUGCCCUCGUGAAGUCUUUGUCUCAGUUUGAGAAGGUUUUCACGACUAGACUCUUCACUCGUUUAUCCGAGUCGGUUAAUCAACUUUUCGCAUCUUCUCCAAGAAACCUUCCCAAGGAGGACGAGAUACUUUCAUUUGUUCAGCUGCUCACUGGGGAGCUCAAUUUGUGUGGCUCUUGUGUCCCGUUGGCAGAGUUGCUGGCAAGCACUGUGAGUAAAGCAGUCCAGCUGUUUAAUGUAAAGUGUGAGCAACUGGUGAUUACUGGUAAAGUGACUUUGCAAGUUUCUGGUCCACCUAAUUCCUCUCAACAGAGGAACAUAGCGAUUGUUAACAUUUUAGAUCAAUUUGAGACACUAUCACACGAGCAUUUCAUCAAUUCAUCUUCAUUGCUCGAGAUAGGCAAGAAGAGAAUAAGCUCAGUGAUUGAGGAGACUCAUUCUGUUAAAGUUGGUAUCAUCCAGUUAUUUGUGGAUGAGGUGCAGACUGUCAUGGAAGCAAUGGUGGCCAGCAUGCACAAGGAGAACUUCACUGAGCAAGCUAAGAUGUCUCAGUUAUCAAGGAGGGAAUCAACUGAUGUCCCUUGCUCUGGAUUUAUCAGAGAAAUGCUGUCGUUCACGACUAGAAUAUUUCAAGAACACUUUUCUCUCUUUUCCUGUCAAGAUGAUCUCUCUCCUCUCCUAAGAGGUGUUGCCAGUCGGACCCUAGAAGUGUAUGUGAGACACGUCUGUCUCAUUCGUCCACUCACUGACGGAGGAAAAAUGAAAAUUACAAGUGACAUGGCGCAAAUUGAGUUGGCUCUGAUUCCAUUUUGUCCGAAAACAACAGAGUUAGGACAUCCUCAUAAAAUGCUGCGAUCACUACGGAGACUAUUGUUCCUUGCUCCUGAUAAUUUCUUGUCACAGCCUGCUGGAGUUGGUGACAUUAUCCCUCAUAGCUAUGUCCUUAAUUUACUCUUUUCUUAUGCUCCGCCUGAAAUGAAGUCACCUCAUCAAGUACAGAGCUGGUCAGAGCAAGAUUACAGUGUGUGGAUGGAUAACAGAAAACAGGAGAAAGACAGACUGGCCUUCAUUCAGGCGACACUGAGUUCUUACUCAAAGAAGUUACACAAUAGCAACGAGCCAUGGCCUCAGAUACUAACAAUAAUGACACAGUUACUAACUAAUGCACAAGAAACUAUAAAUUAAUUUGGUAAAAAUGUUUUUUUAUGGAUCAAGUACUACUAGAAU